GGAUGUGGAGAAGUAGUAACACCUUGUCUAUGGCUGCAAGUUCUUUGCGGGUGGUGUGAAUUCUCUCACAUACUAAUGCACACUCCAGGCGGUCAUAUAUACGGAUGCUGCUCCUCACAGACUGGACACUGGAGAGUCUGAUGCGGGACAAAACAACUUUCCAGGCUGCGGCUGCCUCCACUCUGUUGCUUUCUCUUCUGGUUCUGCUCUUCCGUCUCCUCCUUAAGGCCUUUGGCUUUUGCCGCCACUAUUAUGCCAGUUGGCAGAAGCUGAGGUGCUUCCCAGAGCCUCCCCGUCAUCACUGGUUCUUGGGACACCUGGGCAUGAUCUUGCCCAAUGAGGAGGGCAUGGUCCUAGUAUCCCAGCUCGUCUCCACCUUUUCACAGGCCUACGUGGUAUGGAUGGGGCCCUUCUUGCCAGUCGUGGCCUUGGUACAUCCUGAUUACAUCAAACCUGUUGCAACUGUCUCAGUUGACAGAGCUCCAAAGGAUGACCUCUUCUAUGGCUUCCUGAAGCCCUGGCUUGGGGAGGGGCUACUUCUGAGUAGUGGAAAGAAAUGGGGACGCCACCGGCGCAUGCUUACCCCAGCCUUUCAUGUUGACGUCCUGAAGCCCUACCUGAAAAUCUUCAAUCAGAGCUCAAAUAUCAUGCAUGCCAAGUGGCGCAAGCUCACUACAGGUGGUGCAGCCUCAUUGGACAUGUUUGAGCAGCUCAGCCUCAUGACCCUGGACAGUUUGCAGAAAUGUGUCUUCAGCUAUAACAGCAACUGCCAGGAGAGGCCAAGUGACUACAUCUCAGCCAUCGUGGAGCUCAGUUCUCUUGUAGUGCGCCGGCAGAAUCGUCUACUCCACCACUUUGAUUGCAUUUACUACCUGACAGCAGACGGUCGCCGCUUUCGUCGUGCUUGUGAUAUCGUGCACAGCUUCACAGCUGAUGUGGUCCAGCGGCGGCAAGCAGUGGUGAGGCAAAUGGGGCACGACGCCUGGCUCCGCUCCAAACUGGGGAAGACCAUGGAUUUCAUUGAUAUUCUACUGCUAGCCAAGGAUGAAAAGGGACAAUACCUGUCCGAUGAAGACAUUGCAGCUGAGGCUGAGACCUUCAUGUUUGGAGGACAUGAUACCACUGCGAGUGGGUUGUCAUGGGUGCUGUACAACCUGGCUCGACACCCUGAAUAUCAAGACCAGUGCCGGGAGGAGAUUCAGAAUCUGCUGCAAGGCCGAGAGACAGAAGAGAUUGAAUGGGAAGACUUAUCAAAGAUGCCGUUCUCCACCAUGUGCAUUAAGGAAAGCUUGCGUCUCCAUCCACCAGCAACGGUCCUGUCUCGCCGCUGCACUGAGGAUGUGAAGCUGCCUGACGGAAAGGUGAUCCCGAAAGGAACUAUCUGCCUCCUCAGCAUUUUUGGGAUCCAUCAUAACCCCACUGUCUGGCCAGAGCCUGAAGUCUAUGACCCAUACCGCUUUGAUUCGGGGACCAGCCAGUUACCGCUGUCCUUUGUGCCCUUUUCAGCAGGACCCAGGAACUGCAUUGGGCAGAACUUUGCCAUGGCAGAGAUGAAAGCGGUCCUGGCGCUGACUCUGCUGCGAUUCAGAGUGCGGCUGGACAAGAGCCAACCAGUGCGGCGGAAGCCAGAAUUAAUCAUGCGUGCAGAGAAUGGCCUAUGGCUGUGGGUGGAGCCGCUGCAUGCAGGACUGUGAUCAGAAAGAAAGAAAUGAUGCAAAGUGCACUAAGACUGAACGUCUCUGGUCCUAGCCAAUAGCCUAAGUUGCAGGGCACAAAACAGAUCAGCAGGGGCACAUUAAAUUUAACAAUAAAUUUUUCAAUCUGUAAGCA